GUUGCUUUAUACUUCUUAGUUUUUGCACUAUUCUACGCCCCAUCUAACCAUUUCUCGAACCCAAUAUGGCUCCUGUCUUCUCCUUUGUACUUGUAACUGCCUCACUCGUUUGUGCCAUGGCUGCUCCUUCUACGCGCAACUUGGAAGGUGCUGCUGUCAGCACAAGUUACACUGGCCUCGGCAAGAUCUACAACGACUACGCUAUCCGUGGUGCUUGUCCUGAUAUGAAUUAUUCUGCCCACGAUGCUUUUGCUACUGUCAACGCUGCUCAGUUUGGCAGUGUCAAGGAUGGUACAUCUGCCUGCGGCAAGUAUGUCAAGGUCAACCACGCCGAUACACCCUCCAAGCAUUACAUUUACAAGAUCGUCGACUAUUGUAAGCACUGUAAUAAUGGUGAGCUCGGCCUUUCUGAACCAGCCAUCAGGGAGCUCACCAACUCGAGCCAUGCUAGGAUUGACUGGGAGAUCAUCAAUCAUAAAGAUACCUCAGAGAACAGUGAGCUCGUAAAGGCGUUCAGUUACAAUAAGAAAUCUAAAUCCACCAAGAAGAGCGUCAGCAAGAAGAGCAGCCACAGCCACUAUAGGUGGCGCUAUCGCGGCCGCGGUACCUGGUUCAGCGAUACUUUUGGCUCUUGUGGCGAGCGUUUCUCUCAGAAUGACAUGAUCGUUGCUUUGAACGAGGCUCAGAUGGGUAAGAUGUGGGGGCCUCGCUCCAAGUGUGGCGCCAAGAUCCGUGUCACCGCUAGGGGAUCCUCUAAGAGUAUUGUUGUCCGUGUGGUCGAUACUUGCCCUCAUCGUUUCUGCAGCUAUGGCCAACUGGACCUAUCUCAAGCUGCCUUCAAGCAUUUCGCCCAUAAGGACAAGGGUAUUCUAGAUCUCAGAUGGAAGUUUAUCUAAACAAUGGAAAAGCCCGAGGAAGCCAAACUGCAGCCUGAUUGCUUCGGCUGUUAAGUUUAGAGCAUAUUGAUAUAUCCCUGUUCAACCUUUUCCAAACAGUUCCAGUCCACCUAACCCCAACGUGAUUUAGAAUAGAGCAUCCGCAUAAACUCAUUUGUAUAUAGCCACAACGCAAUAAAAAGCAC